AAAAAUAUAUAUACAACCGGAAGUGAACAAAGAAAACAGGCGAACCUUCGAGAUUUUGGAAUUAUAUUUCAUUGUUUUCAUCUAGAAACGACACCUUUCACAAAAGCAAAAUGGUGUCACUUAAUCCUGUACAGAUCUUCAAUGCAGGCGCUGAGGAAGAGAAAGCAGAAACUGCUCGAUUGUCCUCCUUUGUUGGAGCCAUAGCUAUUGGGGACCUGGUGAAGAGCACUUUGGGCCCUAAAGGAAUGGAUAAAAUCUUGCAAAGUUCUGGUGGAAUAGAAGUCACAAAUGAUGGAGCCACUAUUUUGAAAUCCAUAGGCAUAGACAACCCAGCAGCAAAAAUUUUAGUGGACAUCUCCAAAGUCCAGGAUGAUGAGGUGGGGGAUGGGACAACCUCUGUGGUGGUACUGGCCAGCGAGCUUCUGAGGGAGUCGGAGUCCUUAAUUUCCCAGAAGAUUCACCCCCAGACCAUUAUAUCCGGCUGGAGGAAGGCCACAGAUGAAGCACGGCGAGCUCUGCAAAACUUUGCCAGAGACAAUGGAAAUAAUGAGACGAAGUUCCGAGAAGACUUGAUGAACAUUGCUCGUACCACCCUCAGCUCAAAAAUCCUCACUCAGUACAAAGACUACUUUGCUAAUCUGGCUGUAGAUGCUGUUCUUAGGUUAAAGGGCAGUGGUAAUUUAGAUGCUAUUCACUUAAUCAAGAAAUCUGGAGGUGGCUUACAAGAUUCUUACUUAGAUGAAGGUUUCCUUUUGGAUAAGAAAAUUGGCGUCAACCAGCCCAAGAGGAUAGAGAAUGCUAAGAUUCUGAUUGCUAACACACCAAUGGACACAGAUAAAGUCAAGGUGUUUGGAACUAAAGUGAAAGUGGAUGCAGUCUCUAAAGUAGCAGAAUUAGAAUUGGCAGAAAAGGAGAAAAUGAGAGAUAAAGUUAACAAAAUCAUCAAACAUGGCUGUAAUGUGUUCAUCAAUAGACAGUUAAUAUACAACUAUCCUGAGCAGCUGUUUGCAGACGCUGGGGUGAUGGCCAUCGAGCAUGCUGACUUUGAGGGAGUGGAAAGAUUGGCAUUAGUGACAGGUGGUGAAAUCGCAUCCACAUUUGAUUCACCGGAUCAUGUUCGUCUUGGCAAGUGUAAUGUUAUAGAGGAAGUGAUGAUUGGGGAGGACAAACUCAUCAAGUUCUCUGGUGUGGAGAUGGGUGAAGCCUGUACCAUUGUUCUACGAGGGGCCACUAAACAGAUCCUGGACGAGGCGGAGAGGUCCCUUCAUGAUGCCCUCUGUGUUCUGACUCAGACCGUGAAGGAAACUAAAACAGUGUUUGGAGGAGGAAGUUCAGAGAUGCUGAUGGCAGAUGCAGUUUCCAAACUGGCAGCAAAGAUACCUGGGAAAGAAGCUGUUGCCAUGGAAUCUUAUGCCAAAGCUUUGAGAAUGCUGCCUACUACUAUAGCUGACAAUGCGGGUUAUGACAGCGCCCAGCUGGUUUCUGAACUGAGGGCACUUCACACGGCAGGAAAGCACACAAUGGGAUUAAAUAUGGUUGAAGGUGAAGUAGGAGACAUGGAGAAGCGUGGAAUCACUGAAUCCUUUCAAGUGAAGCGCCAAGUAUUAAUGAGUGCAUCAGAGGCUGCAGAAAUGAUUCUACGUGUGGAUGACAUCAUAAAAUCCGCUCCAAGACCUCGACAACCAGACCACAGACAUCAUUGAAAUAAUUAAGACAAUUUAUGAUUAUAUACGUUUAUUAGUGACUUGUAAAUCCUUGAAUUUUAGAACAAAAACAUGAAUAUCAAAGCAAGCAUGUGAGUCAUUUUGUACUGUAAUAAAGUUUUGACAUUUCCCAUUGUUUCGAUGUCAUAUUCAGAGCUCGAAGUAAUUACUGGUCUGGGACCAGUAAAUUAUAGAUUUUGGCUAGUGCUUUGUAAAGAGUAUGUGCCUUUGGGAAUACGGUAGUGAAUUUAAAUACUUAUCAAAAUUCCUCAUCGAUCGUGUUAGUCAAUAUUAGAUGAUGGAAUGCAGGUUUUAUCGCAUGCAAAAUAUAAUUUCUUGAUUUCACUCUUGUUAAAUUGUACUAUGAAGUAACGCAAUGUAAAUAAAUCCACGCAGGUUUGUAAGUGAAGUAUAUAUAUACAGUCAGCAAUCCUCCGACAAUUCCUCUGCAUUCACACAAAAGGGUGACGUAAAGGUCACAGGAGGGGCUCUGAUUAAGAUUAAACUUUUCUUCAGAUAGAAUAAUAUCUUUUCCAACUAUUCAGGGCAAAAAGCCAAAAUGUACUCGAUUGAUUGUUUGGUAAUUACAUCUAUUAUUAGCCUAGUUGGGCAAUGUUUUGUUUGGUCGCUUUAGCUAUGUCAGAAAUGAAAUUAAAUUAAUAUACAUGUAAUACUAUAAAGAUACUAAUUUUUCAGGUGUCUUUAGAUUUUUCGUAUUUAAAGGCAUUCAGAGAAAUUUUGUAAAAUAGUGAAUUUCAAAGUAUUUUCAUCUAAAUCAUUGUAAAUACCAAAUUUUGAGAUUUUGCUGGUUACAAUGGCAGCUUGAAUAAACAAUAAACUGGGCCUAAUCAUGAAAAUGUUUCAUCAUUAUGAAAUUUAGGAAAAAUGUUUUCCUAUUUAAUAGUCCUAAGGGACUGUAAAAUUUAUCAAUGGACCAAUAAAAAAUAAAAAUGAUAGCCCAACUGACCUUUGAAUAAAAUAAUUUCGAGCCCUGUAUAUUGAUUGAUCGACCAUGGCCACAUGCUGUAUCUUUGCGACAUCUCCAAAAUUAACAAUCAUACAUUGUGCAUAUAAAUCGAUGAAUUAAUGUUAAAUAUUCUUGUAACAGGAUUUACAGUGUUAUUGUAAGGGUAAACUAGUCAAAUUUCGACAAGUAGGUCAAUUUCGACCCUCGCUGAAAAAGCCUAAUAUGAUAUGUACCAUGGAUGAUUAAAAAUAGUGGCAAAGGCAUCACAUCCUGGAAUGUAUAUCUGAUCCCGUUCUGACUAAGGCCGAAACAAAUAAUCAAUAGUUUCACAGGUCCAGAAUUUGAUGAACGGGCAAUGUUUGUUUUUUUGUUUGUUUGUUUUUUUAUUUUAUUUUCCCAUUAUUCUUAAACAUUUCCACGCAAGCGAGCAUGCAUUCAAUUAUCUGAUUAAAAAUAUGCUUACAACUUUAUUAAAACCUUCUGAAAGUUUUACAUAAAAAUAUAUAUCGAGUUAUCUUAUCUACUUAAAGAAAUCAAAUAGGAAAAAAAAUAUACUCAAAACGUGGUACCUUUUCAACCGAUGCUGUGGUGGCUAAGAAACUAUUGUUUGAAUUGUUGGGCAUAAUUGAUAGAUUAUCAUCCCCGCUCGCCCCUCAAAAAAGAGCCCACCCCAUUUUUUUAUUUUCGCGAAAUCAUGAUUUCAAAUUAACUUGCUUCCCAGUGACGUGAGUGAAUGAUUAAAGUUACAGAAUGUUGAUUUUAUAUCUUCUACCAAGGAUUCUUUGAAUGUUAACUUGAUUAACACUCUGUGUGAUGCCUUUUGUCAUUUUUUUUUUCGGGGAAAUAAAAAAAUAAAAUUCCCCUACUCGCCCCAUAUUUUUAGUGACCCCAGAUGAUAAUCUACUAGUUCAGUUGAAUUGGUCUAAUACAUGUACUCCAGUUUUUCAAGCUUUCAAUUGAUCAAAUAGUGACUUUCACAUUAUACACUUGUCUUUGGAUAUCACAUUUAUAUUCACAUCUUGUACAUGAAACAUUCAAGCAAUUUUAACAUCAAAGGUAUAGGUUUCAUUCUGUUGAUUAUGUUUCUACAGUUGUUAUACAAGUACUUCAAGAAUUAGAUAUCACUGCUACUUUUCCGUGUGUUUUUCCCCAAGAAAAUUUCAGUUAUCAAAUUGAAUUUGGUCGAAAUCACUCUACUUCUUUUCCUUUAAAGGAAUAAAUUUCACCACUUGAAUUCCAAACUGUAGCUAGAUCUAACUCUACUCGUCAUAUUCUUGGAUUUCUAGAUACAUUCAGAAAAUAAUGAGUUCUGCAUUUUUACAGUAUGAAACAAUCUUACAUUAUUAUAUCCCAAUGUCUUAUUAAAAGCAAUGUCUGAAUUUCAAUUUCAAAUCCAGAACCCUCGCCUUAUUGAUUUGUAUCAUUAUUUAAUACAUUGCUGGAUGACCCCAAUCCAUUAAAAGAUAUUCAUUUUGAUAUACUAAAGUACUAAUGAAAUUUUAAUAAUAUGUUGAUUUUGUGUUUGAAUCCCUGAAUUAAAUGCUAUUGUGGUUGAAAUUAAUUGACUUGUAUCUUGCCAUAUAUUUCGUAGAUACAUUUGUGUUGUUUCGGACAUUUUCCGUAGGAAACUGCGAAAACUAAAUGGUUAAUUAUUCCCAGAUCUGAACAUAAGUGGGGGCCAUGUGAUGAUGGAACAAAAUAAAUACUCGGACCCUCAAAGUCAACUAAACUCAAGUACUUGGUUGAAAUUUGACCAGUUUACCCUGCAUGUAAUGUAUUGUUGUACUAUGAAAGAACAAUAAAACUUCUUGGAUGAAUUA